UUUGCUGCCUCGCUGCUUCGUCGAAAGAAAAACACUUCCAUCCGCGGAUCGACGCAACACUUUCGGCUCGGUUUUUUCGCGUAAAAACGUAGUAAAUCCGGAGUUUUCCUUCGAACUUCCCGCCCGACAGUCAGCCACGGCAAGAUGGCAUCGAAUACCGGUGGUGUAAAACCCAUGACCAUCACGGGCCGCAUGGUCCGUGAGCGGGAGCGCCUGCUGGGGAUGUCCCCGGAGGAACGUGCCUGGCGAGCUCAGUGGCUGAAGGAUCAACAGCUGUCCCACCAUGAGCCGCGUCACGUACCGGAGUACUGGAAGGAGCGACUGAAUCCGAUUCGCCGCUUCUACCGGGCUCCGCUGGACUUGGUGCAGAAGGGUCUGACGCCAGUGUUGGGAGUUGAGUGGGCUCAUGCCAUCCGAUUCUGGACCGGCAAGAUGGCUCUGAUUGGGUUCAGCAUCUACGCCGGAGCCUACUACUUCAAGUAUAAUCAAAAUGACUGGACCCGAAAGGGCGGUUGGAGAGUGAUCCACUCCCGGACGGCUGUUGUUCCUGGCGACGAGGGCUAUCCUAACUUCCCGCAGCGCUCGAGCCCUGCCGAUUACGCUGCCCGUGGCUUUAAGCAGUCUCCGAUAUAGGUGAAUAUGGUUAAACCUUUGAUUUGUGUAGAUUAUGAGCGAAAAUGUACGUUAUAAUUGCGUUGCAAA